GAGCCAUCCGUAAGCAGCUAGCUGCCUUCCUGGAGGGUUUCUACGAGAUCAUCCCCAAGCGCCUCAUCUCCAUCUUCACGGAGCAGGAGCUGGAGCUUCUCAUCUCGGGGCUGCCCACCAUCGACAUCGACGACCUCAAAUCCAACACUGAGUACCACAAGUACCAGUCCAACUCCAUCCAGAUCCAGUGGUUCUGGCGAGCCCUGCGUUCCUUCGACCAGGCGGACCGAGCCAAGUUCCUGCAGUUCGUGACGGGCACCUCCAAGGUCCCCCUGCAGGGCUUCGCCGCCCUGGAGGGCAUGAACGGCAUCCAGAAAUUCCAGAUCCACCGGGACGACCGCUCCACCGACAGAUUGCCUUCCGCUCACACGUGUUUCAAUCAGCUGGACCUUCCCGCCUACGAGAGCUACGAGAAGCUACGUCACAUGCUGCUACUGGCCAUCCAGGAGUGCUCGGAAGGCUUCGGCCUGGCGUGAGCCGGGCGCCCGCCUCCGCGGCUCUUUUUGUACUGAGGCAGACUCGGGGGACAGGGAGGGGCCAAGCCAUGGGGGCGGGGCUUCGCGGAUCUCCACCCCCUCCCUUUCCGAGGUGGCGCCCCCCCUCCCACCACACACACACCCCCCCACACGCGUCCGGAGAGAAGACAAAUGAUAUAUAUAAAUAUAUAUAUAUUUUUUUUGGUUUAGUUUGCAUUUCUUAAGUUGUGCUUGGAAUGUGUUGACGUGAGCCGGACAGACGAGACGACGAUACAAUCUGCUUUGGUUUCUCGAUCCUUCCCCUUGCCCCAGCCCCUUUCUGCCCCCACCCCCACCCCGUUGGGCCCCCGCGGAGGGGGAGGGGAA